GGUUGGUAGAUCAGCAUUAAAACAGCUUAAACCUGCUAUGAAUCUCUGGACCUGACAGAAACAGGCAAGUCAAGGGAUGUCUCUCUGAAAAACAACAAUCUUUAAACUUAAAACAAGCUUUUUAAAGUGAAUUGAGGACGCUGAUAACACUGACCAAUCAGAAACCUACAGCAGUGGAAGAAGACUGAGGGGUUUUCUCCACGACCCAACAAUGGCUCUGGUCUACUCUCUGAUUCUCUUCCUUUGCUUGAAGUUCAAGAGUGGUCAGCUUCAGUGUGUCAAAGAAACUGUAAAAGACAGUGAGUUUUCUAUCACUGUGACAACACACCAUCAAGUGGCAUUUGGAGACUGCAUUAGGAUCCCAUAUGAAUUGACCUUUCCGAAAAAUAAAGUAAAAGUCCCGUAUGAAAAGAUUUGGUUCAGGGGAGAUCCACAGAAUACAGUUUCUAGAAGAGUUGUUCAAAAUCAAGAUACAAAGCACGUUUUCAGCAUGGAUAGUCUGCCACAAGGAGAGUAUGAGUAUGGCUUCAAAUUGGAAUGGGAGUGUAAUCAGACGUAUGUGUUUCCAACGAAGGUUCGGGUCUCGGUUUCUUCACUGAUGAGGAAACCAGAAGUGUUGGUUCCCGAAUUAGAGGAGGGACAAACCACAGCACUGCAAUGUUAUCCUGCUCAUUUGUGUUAUACCAGAGCAAAAAUCCACUGGAAGGGGUUAAAAGCAGCUGAAAAGUAUUACGAGUUUGAGAGGGGGUUCAGGAGAGGACAAAUAAUCUACACACCAACAGCAGAUGACCACAACACUAACAUCACAUGUGUGGCAGAGUAUGACAACAACGUUGUUGCUGAGAAAACUGUCACAUUAAUUGUGAAAUUUGCCCCUAAGUUCAAAAAUGGUUCCCAGUGCAUGGUUAAAGGAAAGCUCCUGGUUUGUGUGUGCAUCAGUUGGGGGAAUCCCCUGUCACCCAUCACCUGGCCUGAAGCCUCUCUCACAGACUUCUCCAUCAACAGCUAUAGCAAUGCCCAAACAGUGAACAGCAUCCUUACCAUGAAUGCAGCUGACUUCUACAACACCAGUGUCAGGUGCAUCAGCAGCAAUGAACUGGGUCUGAGGGAGAUUGCAAUUCCAAUUCGAAAAAACACAGGGGACUCUGUGAACUUGAAUGAGUGCCAUCCAUCCAAUGUAGCCCUUCCUUGGAUAACAGCUGUGUCUGUUAGUCUGAACCUGGUCCUUCUCAUAAGCCUGAUCAUCUGCAUUUACAAAUGGGGCAAGAGGUCACAAGAGAAACCCCAGGAGGAGACGAACACCUACACUUCCCUGAAAAGAGCUCAUGUUGAGCAAGACUACAGUGUUAUAUCUCCGCAGCCAAGGUGAAAAGUGCUGAGUCAUACUUGGUGUGAGGAAUCUCCGUCUUGGCUCCUGGAAGAAAAUAUUGACUGGAAAAAAAGUGAGAAUACUUUUAAACAUAAAGUUACUUCCCAAAUCCUGUAACAAAGGGGAACACAUAUACUUGUUUAGACUAGUAUUGGUGAAAAAAAAGUGAUUUAGUCUUGCACUCAACAAAUUCAUCAUGUGGGUUUUCAAACUAGUUCACUUUGGGUCUUGAAAACAUCUUUGUGUGCGAUUAUUACUGUAGAAGAUAGCAAGUACUACCCUACAUAUUCUGUAGAAUCAAACUUCAGUGUUUCUCACAGACCAUGAGAAAAUAUAUAUCUAUUUCCUUUCAGUCCUGUUACUCCAUCCUGUGUUUCAGAAAUGAGGAUACAGAAGGAAGCAAGUACUGGGCAAAAGAAACAGACACUAGAUAUGACACAGUUAAAAUGAAUUCAAAAGCAGAUAACUAAGACUGUUUGUGCCAGAAGGAAGAAAUUCAUAAAACAUGGAGGUAGUGUCAGCGAUGUCACCCACUGGUCUCUGAAGAAAGUUUUGAAGCCAAACAAUGGGAGUCACCAAAUUGGAAACGCUGACACAACCUCCUUUCUUCUUGUUCUUUUUGGAGUUUUAUGGUGUUGAGUAGUCAAAGUUGUUGCAUAACCACCCCCUACUGAAUUAUAAGAGUCUAACAGUCCAAAAUACUUACGGUGUCCACCUAAAAUGCUCCUUUUGAUGAUGCUUCCUGCUCUAUAACUCAGACAGUUGUCUGGGUUUGCACUAGCUCUUCCCUUAGUGUAACACCAACAUUGUGCCUUCCUGUCAGUCAACUAGGCCACGCCCCUAACUACGUAAGAGUUGUUUAACCUCGUCCAACUUAAAUUUUUUUUGAAAAAAGAAAUUAGCUAUUCAGACCAAAAGUGUUCUUCUGCACCAGGCUGUGAACAGGUUCAAUUUUGCUGGAAAUUUUGUUGCACCUGCUCGGUCUACAGAGACUAUAUUCUUAGAGGUUUGAGUCCAACUUGCAGGCCCCUUUACUGCAUGUCAGUCCCCACUAUCUCUCUCAGUGUCCUGCUCUGUCCACUAUGCUAUCCUCUCUGACUCAAAGGAAUAAAAGCCCCAAAAAGGGCAUUCUAACAUGGGUGUCAAUGGGGGCUUUGUAGCUUUGGCAGCAAACCUCCAGUGGACACUGGAGGUACUACAGUUUUUUGCACUAUCACAUUGGCUUCAUUUGUCAACACUAGAGGUUGCUGCUUGGUUUUAGCAUAGUGUUUCAGUGUGCUUUGAUCCAUUUUUUGUAAAGUAUGAAUGAACAUUUACUAUGUUAGACACCCGCAACAUGAAGUGUCAUUUUGUAGAAUGUUCUUUAUUUAAGUAUAAUAUAUUUUUGUUCCAUUUGGCUUUAAUAUUUUUUGUAUAACUUUUUUCCUAGAUUGCACUAUUGCUCAAAUGCUACAAAACAGUAAAAACAUAAAAAUGGAUGUUAAUAAAAGACAAAACCCUCUGUC